UUUCCUCCGAUCAUUAAGCCGCAUAGGGCACGGACAAGGUCACGCACUCCGACUGAUCUCUAUUGCCCUAUUUCUCCGCUCCCAAAUCGCCGGUUUCUCCCUGCCGAGGCUCCCACAGAACUUUCCGUGAACCACUCAAUGGCUGCUGGAACUGGAAGAGGCAUCAGCCAGCUCUUGAGAAAGGGCCUUCAGUUCCACUCAACAAUUCCUGCUUUGGUGUCAUCACACAAGCAGGAAGAGAUUGUGGGCUCAGCUGGCAUGAAAUCACUGAAAGCUUUUGCAUUACUUGGAGUUGGGAUUACUGGAGCUUUAAGCUUUGCAUCCUUGGCAUCUGCCGAUGAAGCUGAGCAUGGUUUAUCAGCACCAAAUUAUCCAUGGCCUCAUAAGGGCAUCCUGAGUUCAUAUGAUCAUGCAUCGAUUCGGCGGGGUCACCAAGUUUAUCAACAAGUCUGUGCUUCUUGCCAUUCUAUGUCUCUGGUGUCAUAUCGAGAUCUUGUUGGUGUGGCGUACACAGAAGAGGAGACCAAAGCAAUGGCUGCCGAAAUUGAGGUUGUUGAUGGCCCCAAUGAUGAAGGGGAAAUGUUCACUCGUCCUGGCAAAUUAAGCGAUCGGUUUCCUCAGCCAUACUCAAAUGAACAAGCGGCAAGGUUUGCAAAUGGAGGGGCAUAUCCUCCAGAUUUGAGUCUGAUUACAAAGGCACGACACAAUGGACAGAACUAUGCAUUCGCUCUUCUCACUGGUUAUCGCGAUCCUCCUGCUGGUGUUUCGAUUCGCGAGGGGCUCCACUACAAUCCUUAUUUCCCUGGCGGUGCUAUAGCCAUGCCGAAAAUGCUCAUCGACGGUGCUGUCGAGUAUGAGGAUGGUACUCCUGCAACUGAAUCUCAGAUGGGUAAGGAUGUCGUAACAUUCUUAUCUUGGGCGGCCGAACCUGAGAUGGAGGAGAGGAAACUGAUGGGAUUCAAAUGGAUUUUUGUACUCUCACUUGCACUUCUCCAAGCUGCAUACUACCGGCGGUUGAAGUGGUCCGUUUUCAAGUCGCGGAAGUUGGUCGUGGAUGCCGUCAACUGAUCCUAAAUUUCGAAUUUCAUUUUGCGGGAAACUGGGAAUAAUGUCAAUGGACAAUGUACAUUACCAGAUAGAGCCUAAAGCAUUUUUUUCGUUCCUUCUCGAUGUGAGAGAAGUAUGUUCUUCUCAACUUAAUUUUUUGUUCGAUUCGUCAAGGUCUGCAAUGACUUUAGACAGAUGGUAUUUUAUUUCAAACAUCAUAUUUUUUUUGCGAGAAAGUAUCUCUUUGUGAUUGAAAAGA